CGGCGACGGCGACGGCGACGGCGACGGCGACAUGGAGAGCGGGGCCUACGGCGCGGCCAAGGCGGGCGGCUCCUUCGACCUGCGGCGCUUCCUGUCGCAGCCGCAGGUCGUGGUGCGCGCCUUGUGCACGGUCUUUGCCUUGAUCGUGUUUGCCUGCAUCUUCGGCGAGGGAUACAGCAACGCCCACCAUUCUCAGCAGAGAUACUGCGUGUUCAACCAGAAUGAGGAUGCCUGCCGCUAUGGUGCGGCCAUUGGCGUCCUGGCCUUCCUGGCCUCCGCCUUCUUUUUCGUGGUAGACACCUACUUCCCCCAGAUCAGCAACGCCACUGACCGCAAGUACUUGGUCAUCAGCGACCUGCUCUUCUCAGCUCUCUGGACCUUCCUGUGGUUUGUUGGCUUCUGCUUCCUCACCGACCAGUGGGCAGCCACCAAGCCCCACGAAGUGCUGGUGGGUGCCGACUCGGCCCGUGCGGCCAUCACCUUCAGUUUCUUCUCCAUCUUUUCUUGGGGUGCGCUGGCCUACCUGGCUUACCAGCGCUACAAGGCUGGGGUGGAUGACUUCCUCCAGAACAUCCAGAACUACGUGGACCCCUCUCCCGAUCCCAGCACGGCCUAUGCCUCCUACCCGGGCUCUGUGGACACCUACCAGCAGCCGCCCUUCACCCAGAAUGCCGAGACCACUGAGGGCUACCAGCCGCCCCCUGUGUACUGAGUGGCAGUGGGAUUGAUAAGGGAAGCGGGGAGGCGCCUGGGGCCAUCCCCCCAAUCCUGGACUUUUCCCACGAGGUUUGUCUCUUGCCUUAUGCCUGCCAGAGACCCACCUGCCUCCUCACCUGGCUGCCAUAGGCGUGCCAAAGUGCCUUGUGCAGGAAGGGGCUUCCCAGCUGCACACCCACUCACUCCUCAAGGGCAUUUUUUAGACAAGGGUUUUUUUUUAGCUAGGAGUGUGUUCUUGUUGCUUCUAAUGUCCCUGUCCCCCCACCUCCACGCAUGGAGUAGCUAGUAGGACGGUGCCCUCUCUUCCUGCUGUUUGACGAGUGCCUUAGCUUCUGCCAGCCCCCAAGGAGCUGAGCCACAGUCAGGGCCUUGUGACUGCAGUUACUGGGGUUCUCUGCCAAAGACAGAGGUGCUGGGCUCUGAGCCUCCUUUCCCCUUCUCGCCCCUCACUCAGGUUUGUUACCCCCACCUGCCCAGGUUGCAUGCCCCCGCCUGUUCUGGAGUGAGCAGCCCCCGCCCCCUUGCCCUGCCCCCAGGGCCAUGGCUGCUGCUGUAUUGCCUACUCACUCUGGCUCUGGGGUCACCACCCUGUGCCAACUGCCUCUGGGCACCUUCCUGCUAUGGAGGAGAAAGGUGUGGGUGCUGCUGGUGCCCACCCCUGGCAGCAGGGAGGGGCUCUGCCUGACCGACGACACCCAGCUUUAUGUAAAUACUCGGCAACUCUUGGUUCUGAAGUGUGGGAACAUGCACCCGCCCACGGACCCUCUCAAUGUACUGGAAAGCCCUGGGGAAAUUCUGCCCUUGGGAGGUUAGGCUUGUUUGGAGAAGGAAUAAAUGGUUUUCUCAUU